UAUUUAAUUCUUUGUGUUUCUUUCUUUCUUUUUUGGUUGUGUUUUGACUGGUUCACGAGCUUAAAAAAUGGCAACUUGUUUCUGAAAUCUUGAUUUUUAAUGGAAAUUGUCUUUUGAAGAUAUUAUUUAGUUGCCAUUUUGGGUUUUGAGUUCUGAUUUGGAGAUUUUAUCCGAUUUAUGGAUGAAUUUUUGACUUUUUAACUCCUGCGGGGCUCUUUUUGUUUUUUAAUAUGCCAUUCAAACUUGCUGUGCUUUCUUUAGACUUUGUUGAUCAGUUUUCCUGCUAGUGUUGGCGGAUUUCAAGAUUUCGGAUAAUUUAUUCUCUGUCUUUUUGUUUAGUUUUGCCUGGUGGUGAUCUUGAUUUCUUGAGAGAACUGUGCUUUAGUGUGUGCAUGUAUGAUGUUUGAAUCUUUAUCUCCUCAUUUCAAUUUUGUACUCAUUUCUGAUUAAGUUUCUGUUUUUGAAGUUACAGUAUAAUCAUCCGUAUUUUGUUAACGAAGUGCGCUUCAGUUUCCGUGGAACUUCAUUUGAAUCUUGGUCUUAUCAUAUUAUUGGUGCAGAACUUCGGAUUGAAAAACAAAAAAAUAUUUUCGAAUGUUUCGUCUACAAUCUCUAGCAAUUGUAGAGAAAACACCUUGCAGUGAUCGAGGUUGUACAUCAUUUGAAAUAGACUAAGCCGCUUUACUGUUUUUGAAUUGUGUAGCAUGUGUCAUUAUUGUGGUGCUGAUCAGGCAAAGUUGAAGGAUGAAAAGCAGAAACUAGAGAAUGGAGAUUCUUUAAAACUAAAUGGUGAAGAGCCCAUUUGGUCUUGCCAAUUUUGUCAGGAAAAGCAGGAACCGAAGAACCAUGAUGGUUUGAGUCAUUCUAUGUCACCAAUGACCAGUCCAACAACUUCGUUGUCUAUCAGUGAUAGAUCUAUCUCAAGCUGCAGUGAUCUUUCUGUGGAUGUAAACUUGCAUGACCGGGCUCAUCAAGAGGAAGGAACAGUACACAGUGCCCAGAAGGAUCUAGGUUAUGCAGUGAAUGACCAACAACACAACACAACAUUGGAAGCUCCUGUAAAUAGAGUGGAUGGAUUACAUAAAGUGAUGGAGAAGGAUAGCCAUAAUGGCAGUGAUAGAGACACAGUGAGAGAUGUAGAAAUUGUGGAACUUGUUCACAAUCAAGAAUCAAAAGGCAACUCUUCUGUGAACAGAGUUGGAUCUUCAAAUGAAGGAAAUAAUAUUUCUCAAAUCAGUGAUGACAAAGUAGAUGCAUGGGUUUGGGAGCCUCCGGAAGCAGAAGAUCCAGAGGAUGAUUUGGACGGUGGAGUGGCUUUUAUUGAUGACGAUGAGGAGUGUGGCGAUGGCACAAAAUGGGGUAAACCAAGUUCUUUGAGUUGCUGGAGGGGUGAAGGCAGUCGGAGCUUCAAAUUCAAAGAAGAAAAACGAAAGGCAAUGGAAGAAGUGGUUAAUGGGAAAUUCAAGGCCAUCGUGAGUCAACUUCUUAAAGCAGUGGGUGUUGCCUGUGUGGUGAGAGAUGGUGAAAGUUGGGUGGAUAUUGUUACAUCUUUAUCAUGGGAAGCUGCUUCAUUUUUGAAGCCUGAAGCAGUGGAUGGGAAAGCAAUGGAUCUAGAUGGCUAUGUGAAAGUAAAAUGCAUUGCAACUGGUUCUCGUAGUGAAAGUCAAGUUGUGGAAGGCUUGGUCUUUAAAAAAAAUGCUGCUCACAAGCACAUGCCCACUAAGUACAAGAACCCAAGGUUGUUACUGAUCCGAGGUGUGCUUGGUCACUCUUCAAGUGUCUUGUCAUCAUUUAAAUCAAUGGAGCAGGAAAGGGAUAAUCUGAAAUCUCUCGUUGAGACCAUAGAAAUGUGCCAUCCAAAUGUAGUUUUAGUAGAAAAAUCUGUUUCUCGUGAUGUCCAAGAAUCCAUCCUAGCUAAAGGAAUGACAUUGGUCUACGACAUGAAGCUCCAUCGUCUAAAAAGGGUUGCACGCUGUACUGGUUCACCGAUUUUAUCAUCUGAUGCUUUGAUUAGUCAGAAGUUAAAGCAUUGCGACUCCUUUCAUAUCGAGAAAUUUGUGGAGGAACAUGCAGGGGUAGGCGAAGGAGGAAAGAAGCCAAGUAAGACAUUGAUGUUCAUUGAGGGCUGUCCGACACAUUUGGGUUGUACAAUUUUGUUGAAAGGAAGUCACAGUGAUGAGUUGAAGAGGGUUAAAUAUGUGACCCAGCUUGCAGUAGUAAUUGCAUAUCACUUGAUUCUGGAGACUUCGUUUCUUGUUGAUUGGAAGGCAAUGUUCUCUUCAGCAGUAUUUGCUGGAGCAGCCAGCAACUCAUCAAGAGAUCUGCAGUCUUCUGUUUUAGGAACUAGUAUUCCUAGUGUUGAGGAGUCUACAACUGAAACUGGUUCAUCUACCAUUGAUAUUCCCAUUUGUAAUGGAUUUCAUGAAGAAGGUUUCCACAAUAUAAAUAUAGGAUUAGAGGGAUAUAAUCCUGCCAUCUUUUCUGGAUUUUCCUCCCUUUCAGCCUCUCUGAAGAAAGUUGCUGGGGACAGCAUGCCUCUUGUCUCCUCUUCUCCUUAUCAGUCUUUAUCUAAUUACUUUGGCUUCAAUGGAAAAGAAAUUAAUGGUCAAAUCUCGGAAGAGGUUCCAGUUUUAAAAACUGUGGAAGCUUCGGACCUCUAUGAUAUGGAAGAUAAAAAAGGUUCUGACAAAGAGAAGACAGUUCAUGAUGGACAUCCUCAAUCUUUGUUUUCUUACUCCGAAGCCUCUCUGGACAGAGUAAAAGAUGUCAACUAUAAUGAAGAUCAAAUCCAAAGUCAGGGUGAUGUCAAUGCAGUGUUGGAUUCUCAGAGUAUUUUGGUUUUGAUGUCUAGACGGAAUGCCUUAAGAGGGACUGUAUGUGAGCAAAGCCAUUUUUCUCAUAUAAUGUUCUACAAGAAUUUUGAUGUUCCCCUCGGAAAGUUUCUUCGGGAUAAUUUACUCAAUCAGAGUAGCCAGUGCAACACUUGCGGUGAAUUGCCGGAAGCUCACUUUUACUAUUAUGCUCAUCAUAAUGAGCAGCUUACCAUACAAGUUAAAAGGCUUCUGAAGAUAUUGCCUGGAGAAGCAGAAGGAAAACUUUGGAUGUGGAUUCGCUGUGGUAAAUGUAAACAUGAAAGCAAAUUUCCAAAAUCUACUAAACGAGUCUUGAUUUCAACUGCUGCAUGUAGCCUUUCCUUCGGAAAAUUCUUGGAGCUGAGCUUUUCCCACCAAUUUUCAUCUGGAAUUUUAUUUAGCUGUGGCCAUUCUCUGGAGAGAGACUUUCUCUUCUUCUUUGGGCUGGGUCCUUUGGCAGCAAUGUUUAAAUACUCUCCAGUGACAACCUAUACUUUGUCUCUCCCGCCUCAGAAGCUGGAGUUCCAUCCUACAAUCAGGCCUGAUGGCCCUGAGCAAGAAUUUCAUGAUGUUUAUUUAAGAGGGAUGUUACUCUUCAAUGGGGUUGGUGAGACUUUGAAGAAUUUAAGAUCUCGAUUUGCUGGGUCAGUUCUGAACCUUCAUGGUUCAUUGAAAGAAUUCUCUGAUAUUGAAGAUAUGUUGAAGCAGGAGAGUUCUGAGUUCGAGAAAGCUGUUGUUAAAAAUAGGGAUGAGGCUGCUUAUAAGCUUCUUAGCUUGAAUCAAUUAUUGUGGGAGCUUCUUCUUGAAUCAUGCAUCUGGGAAAGACGUCUGCAGUCAUUGCUCUCACCUGAUCCUUCAGUGCUAGUGACUGGUGCUGGUGAGGAAGAAGUGCAGGACCUGUUUGAGUUACAGAUGACUGGCACUGCUGAUGGAAGAAACCAUGCGAAUGAUACUAGCAGUGAUAAAGUUUAUGAAAACAGUGGCAAUUUGAGGGAUACUCUCAGUACAACUGUUAGAGCAAGUGAAUUUUCAAUCAAAGAAAUUCCAGUUGAUGGUCACGUUCAUGAAUCUAGGGAACAUGAUAGUCUUUACUCCUCACCUACCGAAGCUGAGGAUAUUGAGAGGUCAAGAGUGACUCGUCUGAGCCAGAACAGGUUUUUCAACCAAGAACUAUUUGUGAAACCUAGUGACUCUGCCCACCAGCAUUCUGAUGAUGGAAAUUGCCAAGCAGACUAUUUUUCUGAUAUACAAGUUGAAAGAACCAUUCCAAUUGCGACAAGUAUAGGUAUGAGUGAUUCUUUGGUUGAUUCUGAUUCAUCUAAAAAGGGUACGUCUGCAUGUUCUCUAGCAUUCAGCUUAGAGAACUCAAAUGGAUGGUUCUGGAUGCCAUUUUCAGAAAUCCGACGGAUCUACAUGAAGAAUCUUCAGAGAGGUUUCAUGCCAAAAUUUCAGCCGAUCAGUAGCUAUAUUCAGGAACACGUAUCUGCAGCUUAUCAGCUAAUCAUGGAGGAAGGACAGAGGCUGCACAUCCCUGUUGGAACUGAUAAUUAUAUGGUGAGAGACUAUGAUGGUGAACUCUCUAGCAUAAUUGCUUGUGCACUGGCAUUUUUAGAAGAUCAACCUGUUUCAACAGAGCUUUACAAUGAGGAUGGUAGGAAAGAGGGUGGCAUGUCUUUUAAAUCAACUGAUAGUUUAGAUAUACUGACUCGAAUUCCUACAAUGAUCUCCCCACAUUGGUCUUCUAAUGGUUCUGAUUCAGAUCCUGUGCAUUCUAAACUAAAUAUUUCUUUGGAAGAGUCACGCUUGUCCAGCUUUGAUGGGUUAAAUUUAUUGGAAUCUGUGGUUCCUCCAGCAAAUCUCAGCCUUGAAGUCCCUCUUGCGGUAUCAAAAUCAUUUGGAAAGGGUAAAUACUCUGUAAUUUGUCUAUACGCUAAGCAGUUCCGUGAUCUUCGUAAUCGAUGUUGUCCAUCUGAACUUGAUUAUAUAGCUUCCAUCAGUCGUUGUAAGAAUUGGGAUGCAAAAGGUGGAAAGAGCAGAUCCUUCUUUGCAAAGACACUGGAUGACAGAUUUAUCAUAAAGGAAAUUAAGAAGACAGAAUUUGAGUCAUUUGUGAAGUUUGCUCCACAUUAUUUCAAAUACAUGAUCGAGUCAUUUGAGUUAGGAAACCAAACUUGUCUUGCAAAAGUUCUGGGGAUUUAUCAGGUGAUCACUAGACAGACCAAAAGUGGGAAAGAGAUAAAGCAUGAUCUGAUGGUCAUGGAGAAUCUUACCUUCGGUCGAAAAAUGACUCGCCAGUAUGAUCUUAAGGGAGCUUUACAUGCUAGAUACAAUUCAGCUGCUGAUGGUGCAGGAGAUGUUCUUUUGGAUAAAAACUUUGUUGAUGACAUGAAUUCCUCUCCACUAUACGUCAGUAAUGCAUCGAAGUAUCUCUUGGAACGUGCUGUUUGGAAUGACACCACCUUUCUUAAUUCAAUUAAUGUAAUGGAUUAUUCUUUACUUGUGGGAGUAGACACCCAGCAACGAGAACUUGUGUGUGGGAUUAUUGAUUAUCUCAGGCAGUAUACCUGGGACAAGCAGCUGGAAACAUGGGUGAAGUCUUCCCUUGUUGUUCCUAAAAAUGUGUUGCCAACUGUAAUAUCUCCUAUAGAGUACAAGAAGAGGUUCAGAAAGUUCAUGACUGCGCACUUCUUGAGUGUUCCCGAUAACUGGUGCUCACAGAGUUCCUCUAACCCUAGUGAACUUUGUGCCGCUGGAGAUGAUGGUUCAUCAGAAUCCAAGUCCCAAAAACAAGGGCACAAUGGGCAUACUCAUUAGUUUCAUCUCCUGGUUCAUGAUUCUUUCUCUUUUGUUUAGUGCUGCAUUUGUUUUUAAGCCAGUCCAUAUUACUGUAUAAAGAUAGAUGUCACAGCUGUAUAGUCAACCCUAUGAUGUUAGCCCUUGUUAACAUAUUUAUGGGGAUAGUUUUGUUUCUAUAGGUCUGCCAAUGUUGCGCUAUAGUUUUGAACAAAAUUGUAGAGAGCCUUGAACUGGUUAUAUCGCAAAUCAAUCAAGAAAC